CUGGGGGCGCGCGGCGCUGCCGGGGGUGGGGCGCCCGGGGGCGCGCGGGGGCGGCGGGCGCGCGGCUGCCAAUCGCAGACAAAGGCCGCCCAGUGAAUCAUGUGGUGCCGGGGGAGGAAGUGCGGCUUGUUUUCUUUCCUCCAGUCGCCGGGCUGCGGGCGGAGCGCGAUGCGCGGAGACCCCCGCGGGGGCGGCGGCGGGGGCGGCCGCGAGCCCCGAUGAGGCCCGAGCGCUCCCGGCCGCGCCGCAGCGCCCCCGGCCCGAUGGAGGCCCCGCCGUGGGACCCCCUGCGCAACGACUCGCUGCCGCCCACGCUGACCCCGGCCGUGCCCCCCUACGUGAAGCUCGGCCUCACCAUCGUCUACACCGUGUUCUACUCGCUGCUCUUCGUGUUCAUUUACGUGCAGCUCUGGCUGGUGCUGCGCUACCGCCACAAACGGCUCAGCUACCAGAGCGUCUUCCUUUUCCUCUGCCUCUUCUGGGCCUCUCUGCGGACCGUCCUCUUCUCCUUCUACUUCAAAGACUUCGUGGCGGCCAAUGCGCUCAGCCCCUUCGUCUUCUGGCUGCUCUACUGCUUCCCCGUGUGCCUCCAGUUCUUCACCCUCACGCUCAUGAACUUGUAUUUCACGCAGGUGAUUUUCAAAGCCAAGUCAAAAUAUUCUCCAGAAUUACUCAAAUACCGGUUACCCCUCUACCUGGCCUCGCUCUUCAUCAGUCUCGUUUUCCUGUUGGUGAAUUUAACCUGCGCCGUGCUGGUGAAGACUGGACAUUGGGAGAGGAAGGUGAUUGUCUCCGUGCGCGUGGCCAUUAAUGACACGCUCUUCGUGCUGUGUGCCGUUUCUCUCUCCAUCUGUCUCUACAAAAUUUCUAAGAUGUCCUUAGCCAACAUUUACUUGGAGUCUAAGGGCUCCUCCGUGUGUCAAGUGACUGCCAUCGGUGUGACUGUCAUCCUGCUUUAUGCCUCCCGAGCUUGCUACAACCUGUUCAUCUUGUCAUUUUCUCAGAGCAACAACGUCCACUCCUUUGAUUACGACUGGUAUAAUGUGUCAGACCAGGCAGAUCUGAAGAAUCAGCUGGGAGAUGCCGGCUAUGUAGUAUUUGGAGUGGUCCUUUUUGUGUGGGAGCUCUUACCUACCACCUUAGUAGUUUACUUCUUCCGAGUUAGGAAUCCUACAAAGGACCUUACCAACCCUGGAAUGGUCCCCAGCCAUGGAUUCAGUCCCAGAUCUUAUUUCUUUGACAACCCUCGAAGAUACGACAGUGACGAUGACCUCGCCUGGAACAUUGCCCCUCAGGGACUUCAGGGAAGUUUUGCUCCAGACUGCUACGAUUGGGGACAACAAACCAACAGCUUCCUGGCACAAGUAGGAACUUUACAACCAGAGUCAACUUUGGAUCCUGACAAACCAAGCCAUGGGUCCCUCAGAUUCUGAGCUCCUCGCUGGUAGACUCUAAAUACAGUUGACAUCCCGAGAGCCAAUUGCAACUCCAGUGUUGAAAGUUAUAAUGUAGCAGAAUCUCAACAGACUGCAUACAGGUAAUUGGCUCCUUAGAGCUCUUUAAGGCCCAGAUGGUUGGUUUCUCCAAGAAUCUCCUAAAUUUUGCCGCAAGUUCAAUACACUUCAAUGAAAAAAUGUUGAUAGAGUUGACUUACGCUAUUAAACCUCCUCUGCUAUAUUUAGAGAUUUUGCAUAGUUUCCAGCCCAGUGAAAUCCAACAUCCAUCACCUCAGGACUUCAGCAAGCCUGCACCUUGCCCAACUUGCUGAACAUUUGUUACAUUCAAGGAACAAAGAAGAGGUUUUCAAAAGGGGAUUAAUAAAAAAUAGCCCUGGCCCUUGAGCCAAAAGACUAUGUGGAAUCCUAACAGUUUUCCUGUUAUUUCCAACCAUAUUUAAAAUAAUGCCCUUUAUUUUUAAAUAGCUCAGAAAGCAGCCUACUGGAAGCUGCUUGUUUAAAAUGGGAGGAGCACUGCAGUAUUCCAUAGCACGAUUCCUGCCUCCCAGCUGUGUAAAACGGCGCGCUCCAGACAACUGUUGAUAAGUCGUCUUUCAGUUAGAUGAAACUCACGUCAAGAAAUAUACUAGUUCCCCAACCAUAAGUGCCAUUCUGAAACUUCCAAGAUACAUAUAUUCUGCAGUUGUAAAACUGUCUCUAAUAGGAGACUGGUACAUGGCUCUGUCAGGGAGCUUAAAUGCUCUGAUUUUCUAUACAAUAGAUAGGUACUAGUGGAAGUACUGUUAGGAGAAAGGAUUCUGCUCCGCCUAGGAAAUCUCACAUCCCGGGACAGAGGGAGGAGCAGAUGAAAAGGAACUUACAUUAAUAAGCUCUGCCUACAUGAUGAAAGCCAUUUCACAUGUCUCUUUCUUCCCAUUUUUGUCUUCAGGAAUAAUUUAUCUCUGGGCAUUGACUUCACAGAGAUGAAGUCUACUGCUCUCACCUUGAUGGUAUUUAAAACUGGGCUCUCAAGUUUUAAAUGGGUCACGAUUGUGUUUUUCCUUUGUAUAGGACAUCUUUACCCUGCUUAAUCCCACAUAACAACAUUCUUGCCUUUCAGUAUAUGGAAGAAUUUGGGUCACAUAUUUAAAAUAGUUACCAUCAGGGAAAAUUCAACACUGAAGCAAAAUUUGCACUGAUCAUUCACAUUGCCUUAAAAUAUUCUAAGUUGUUAUUCUAAAUAGCUUUCAGAAUACCCUCUUCUCACACUGUCUUUGUUACUAAUACUUAGGAAAACUUAAAGGCAGACUCAGCAUAUGUUUAACACUGCCCUAAAUCAUGCUUUCAGAAAGUACCACAGUUCUUCAGUAUUAGGUCAUUCAAGGGUAGAUAUAUUUUAAAAAAUACAGUGAUAAAAAUAGCACCAAAAUCAUGUAAUUAUACUCAUCCUAUGAUGUAUAAACACUUUAUUAUUCUCUUAGUACUGGCAGGAAAACUGAAAUACCCAGCCUUAACUGAUAAAAGCCAUAAUCUAUUUUUAUGAUGAAGUUGCUAGUAUUUAUUUGAACUAUUAUUUUUUAUUGGAAAGAAUAAAAAUAUUCUAAGUGCCUGUUUUUCUCUUCUUCCCCUUUUUUAAAAGUAAUGCUAAAGCACAAGUGUCAUGACACAUCUAGAAUAGAAAAAACUACGAUUGUAUCAAACUGUCUUUCUCUCACAGUAAAUGAUCGGGUACACCCUGUGAAAUGUUGCAGGUGUGGUAUGGAAAGGAAAGUUAAAAUUCCCUUUAGCUCCUGACUUUACUUGUGCUGCUAAGUACACUAACAAAACUACUCGUUAUGUGAAAUAUUAAAGGCUGAGAGAAGGCAAGGAAUGGUGAUUACUGGUUCUAAAAUAUCCAAAAGUCCUCUUGUGUUAAGCCAACAUGAUGAAAUUAACACCCUGAUAAUUUGAAAGUUAAAAAGGGAUGGACAAGAGUCACUGAACAUUUUGUACCAUCAUUUAUCUAAGGCCGAUUCAACACUAAAAGGGUGAGUGUGAAUGCUUCUGUGCAUCUGUUGGAAAUAUGCAAAAUAGAUGUCCACUUGUGCAGUCAUUUGUCUAAGAAUUCCAACUGAUGUGUGUAGAUAUCUUUCAUUGGCUCUUUGUCCUUUUUACAAUUAACCUGUUUAAUUGAGCUGAUGAUUAAACAUCCAGUGUGUGUUACACAGAGCUGUGGACUCUAAGAAGUUUUGAUUCUUACAAUGUACACCUCAAGCACAUUUAGUUAUGCCAAUUCUUUCUUGAAUGUAUCAGGCACGUUGUUAAUAACGAUGCUGGUUACCAUGUUUAGCUGCUUAGAGCAGGCACACUUGCUUGUGCAUCCCCAAAUUUCCUCUUUUACCAAAAAUCCAAGAGAACUGCUCUUUGCUGGGCUCGAACAUUAACCCCUAUUAAGAGGAAAGGAACAAGCAUUAGUAAACCCUAGAGCGUGAGAAGUACUUUAAGAGAAAGCUUCUCAUUUAUAUUUACAUACUGGAUAUUAUUAGAAUAUUGCUUUUAUUUUUUUUAACAAUAAGGGUGAACUUACAUUAGAACUAAAUGGGUCUUAAUAUUUGAAACUUUAUCAGGAUUUCUAACUAAAAAACUUCGUUAAAAAAAUGCUUUCACUUUAGGUUACUGCAUGAUAAAACAUAGAUUAGUAUAGGUCUGGUCAGAGACACAUCUAAUAUUUGUUUCCACUUUUUAUCCCAUGCAAGUGAGAAUUUUAUUAAUUAAAAACAUUUCUAACUGUGCAUAAGGCACUUAAGACUUCUCGUGGUCCAGAUGGAGGAGCUAUUAGAAAGGAUCAGGCUAAAAUAGUGGAAUUCUCACAAAGACUAUAAAUAAACUGAUUAAAGUGAGGAAGCAUUUAUGUAAAAAGGGACAAUGAAGAUAAGGGAAUGGAAUUCAGUCAACAUCUAUUGAGUGCCUACUAUGUGCUAGAUAUUGGGCUAGAUACUAGUCACGUGUCUGUGGGUCCAGUCUGUAAACACAGCCACACCCUUACAUUAACCCUGCUCUUGGCCUUUAGCAGGGAUAUAUGAAGAGCCCUUGCACCAAAGGGUCAGAAUUCUUUUAAGUCUGCACAUGAUGUCCCCAUGCCCCCAACCUAGAUUUCGGUGUUGAUUCCCCAUACCUGUUACCUAGCUCCUCUGGCCUGGGCCCUGAUGGUGGGUUCAUUCAGGGUUCUGAGACUGGCUGCCCAGGUCAUCAAGUGGGGGUGGUUCAAAGUCCUCAGAUCCAAAUCCAGUGACUCAGCAGCUCCUAACGGUAUCUACCUGGUUCCUCCAAAGCGGGCUUUGUUCCCUCUAUUCUUUGACUUGUGGCUAGGACCUAUCCUCCAUUUUCCCAGAAAUUGACUCUACCUUGCCAACAUUAAUUCUUCAGCCUCCAAUCCUGGUCUGCCCUUUUGGACCUUGGCUGCCCUACCACACAGAAUAUUAGACUCUAUCUCCAGAAUGGAUUUCCUGCCUCUGAACUUUAGCCUAGUCAGAACUGGCGAUCAGAUGCCUGCUGUCUUCAGCUAGAUCUGUGAUCUGUUUUUCUUUAGCCUAUAUGAGCCACAAAGUCCCUUCCUUUCUCUCCUGAUCCCUGUCGUCGUGAAAUUUCUUGACUCUGCACCUCAAUUUCCCAUGAACCUUGCUAACCUACAACAGUCUCUCCAGGCUCUUUGCAGUCCCGAGUCAUGGUGCUCCUUGAAGGCAUUCAUUGAGUUAUAAAAAGGGCACAUUCAGGAUAAACAAAUAAUGCUUCACCAGGGCCAUUCAAUUUGUGUUAGAGUAGCCUUGGUGUGCUAUCCCCUUGGUGAAUUCACUAGCCCAGAGUUUGGGCUUUGGGUUUGCACACUUAAAACCUCUCAAAGGGUGCAGAACACUUCCUCAUUUGGAAGUAUAUUCUGUGGAGGAAAACCACAUGGAAAGUUAAAUUAUAUCAGAAUGUUGCAUGGUGAAUGCUGACUCUGCUCUGACCAAGGGCUGUUAGGUGGACAAUUUUAAGGAAUCUGUGACAACUUAAUGGCCUUGUCAAGCAGAUCAAGAUUCACUCACAUUGAGGGCACCUUCUCCACUAGACACGUUUCUAUGUUAGCUCUUCCUCUUCAAAUGAUACAUUCUUUCUCUGGGGUCAUUCUCACUAUAAACUAGAUGGAACCUAGUUAGGUAAUAGACUUCAGACAUUACAUGAUGGCAGGGAUAUUUUUUUUCUUCACUGCUACAUUCCCAAUGCCUAGAACAGUGAAUGAAGUCAAAUCCUGUUCUUUUGGUAGAUAUCAUCUUUUUUUUUUAAUAAGGUAAUUUCUUGCACUCACACUUUUAUCCACUGCAUAUUCAUUUUACAAUUAAAUGACUCAUUUAAGAGCCCCUCCCUGUUUUCUUAUGAAUCUUUGACAGACAUCCAACUUUUGGACAAAGAAUUCAUAAUGGAAUAAAAGAAGAAAUAAGGAUUUUUAUAAAGAUAAUUCUCCAAUCAUUCUUAGAUACUAAGUCUAACGUAAAAGCACUGAGAUAAAAUUCUGUCUACACAGGCACCACAGGUCCUGUCUCUUUGCCCUCACCUGUUUGGGCACUGGCAAAUAGAAUACUGAAAUAAUUAAUACAAGAGGUCUUAAAAAGUAGAUCUUUAUCACGUACAGUAUCAAAUUAAAAGAAGAGUGAUACAUUAAGUGGUUAAAAAUGCAACCCUCCAGAAAAAAACACUUGAGUUGGGCAGAGUUUUAGCAAUGAUCCAUGUGUUAACGGAUUUUUUAAAGCUCAUGUAGAAUAAACAAGAAUAGCUAAAGAAAACCGUACAAAAUAAAUAAAGGUUGGGGAGGGAGAAGGAGAAGGGGGUACUACACACCAGAUAUUAAAACACAGACCCUGAGUAAUUAAAACAAUGUGGUACUGGAGCAUGAGUAAACAGACCAGCAAAACAGCAAGAGAAGCCAGAUAUACAGCCAAGUCCAUAUGGGAUUGUAGAUAUGAUCAACGUAGCAUCUUAAACUAGUGAGGAAAAGAUGAACUGUUCAAUAAAUGGUAUUGGAAUAACUAGGUAAUCAUCUGGGAAAAAACAAGAUUGGAUUCAUAACUUACACCUCAUACCAGGAUACACUUCAAAUGAAUCAAAAUUUAGAUAAUAAAAAAAAAACCAUACAAGUCCUAGAAGGAAAUAUAGGUGAAUUAUUGCUGUGGACUGACGAAGGCAUUCUAACUAUGACUCAAAAGUCCAGAAACCACUAAAUUAGACUACAUAAAAAUUAGAAAUUUGCAUGGAAAAACCACCAUAAGCAAAUUCAAAAGACAGACGACAAAUUAAACAAAAAAUGUAGAGGGCUGGGCCCAUGGCCGAGUUCGGGUGCUCCGCUUCCGUGGCCCAGGGUUUCGCUGGUUCAGAUCCUGGGCACGGACAUGGCACUGCUCAUCAAGCCAUGCUGAGGCAGCGUCCCACAUGCCACAACUAGAAGGACCCAAACUAAAAUAUACAACUAUGUACUGAGGGGCUUUGGGGAGAAGGAAAAAUAAAAAAUAAAUAAAAUCUUUAAAAAAAAAUGUACAGCUCAUUACACUCAAAGGGUUAAUAUCCCUAACAAAGCACUCCUCGAAAUUGAUAAAAGAUCAACAGUGCAGUAGAAAAAUGGGCAAAAGAUAUGAACAGAAAAGGAAAUACAAAUGGCUCUUAAACAUAUUAAGGGUAGUCAGCCUUACUCGUAAUAAGAAAAAUACAAACUAAAUCACAUUGAUAUAUAAUUUUGUAUCUAUCAGAAUGGCAAAAAUCCAACUUUUUAAUAACAACUACUGGUAAGGAUGUGGGUAAGCAGGAAUUGUCUUAAAUUGCAGAUGUGUAAGUGAACUGGUAACCACCCCUUAUGGAGGGCAAUAUUCUAACGUCUUUCAAAAUUAGAAAUGCACAUGGUCUUUAACCCCAAAAUUCCACUUUGGGGUAUUUAUUCUACAAGUACAUACAUCUGAAAUGACAUAAAUACAAGGUCUGGCAUCAAUCCAAAUGCCCACUAAUAGGGAACUGGUUAAAUGAUUGCGAAUUCCUAUAAUGGACUACCAAGCAGUUACU